AUGCCGAUGCUUCAUAUUGUUCUAGGUUCUCCUAGUACUGGGAAAACUGCCUUGGUUCGUGAGAUAACGAGAAAAAAGAUAAAGAGUAAAGACCAAUUUAGCCCUCUUUUUAUCAACUGUCGUAAAGGACAAUUCGACACACCAGACAGAGUAUAUGAUUCAAUUUAUUCACAAUUCAGACUAUUUUUUGAUAAACAUAAAGAUUUCUUGAAGAGAAUUGUAGAAGGACAAUUCAGCAUCGGAGAUGUAGGAUAUCGACUUGGUGAAAGAGGAGCAACUACUUCUAAUGAUAUCACAAGGCUUCUUGAUAAUAUUAGUGCUCAUCUUCCAAACUGGUCCAUUUGGAAUGGUAACAAUAUACCUCCACCUAUUUUGGUUAUUGAUGAAGCGAAUAUGUUUAGCCAGCUUGCAGAGAAUGAUAAAAAUCUUCUUAAAUCAAUUCUGAACUGGCUGGUGGUAAAUACAAAAGAAGAAAAACGCUUCCACACUGUGCUUACCUCUUCUGACUCAUUCUUUUUUAACUGGAUCGUCAAGCUAUUACAUAUUCCACAUGCAACCCCAUAUUUUGUUGAAGAUUUGAGCAAGGAAGAAGCCGAAAAAUAUUUUGAAAUGCAUAUUCUUCCUCAAUAUGGUAUGUCUUUACUAAACCUGUCUAUUUAUACUUACUGUUGCUCACAUAAUGGUGUUUAUUAUUUAAAAAAAGAAUGCAAAGAACUUGAAAGCAAAUUUGACCAGGUUUGCAAAAUAAUAGGAACACGCAUGAUGAUUAUUGAAAUAUAUGUCAAUGAAUACAAAAAUUCUGAAGGAAAACUUGCAGAAGCUAAAGAUUUAAUCAAAACCAUGGAUGCAAUAGUGAAUGCAGAGGAUCAGGGAUACAUCCUAGAAGAUGUUUUAAAUAAAGAAAUUAGCGAAAAGAAAGAUGGUUAUUUCGCUAAAGAAUAUACAAAUAUGAACUAUCAAAAUGAUAAUAAUGGUGCAAAUAAUCUGUCAGUACUCAUAAACAAUAUCAAUUAUGAGAGGAAUGUUAAUAAUAUAUCUGUAAAUGAAAGAUAUCAGACUCAAGUCAUAUUAGUUCAAAUAAAGAAGUUCAGACAUUUAGAUAUACUUUUAGAGGAUGAUGACGAUUAUAAUAAUGAUAAAUCUCCAUCUCAAAAUGAAUCU